GAAGAAGAAGUAGAAGACUGCACGCAUGCACAAUUGAAGCUGCUCCGUGAGACAAAGAAGGGCGAAGGCUAACUACUUCCAGAAUCCCGAUUUUAAAGCAAUUUGGUGCGCCAUCCAUUUAUCACAUAAACAGUGACCAGCCUUCAGUACAUGGAUGCUGCGGAGACUGCUGCUUCCUGCACUGCCGCGGGUGCUGACAAUGCCACCUACAGUGGCCCUGAUAGUGAUGAGCCUGAUGAAAAUGAUGCUGAUUGGAGACUAAUCGACCAUCAUGUCACCUUGUCAUCUGAUUCAGAAAAUGAGAGUGAUAGUGACUGCUUUGAAGAUCAUUUGAGUUUGUUGGCAACCGAAUAUCAUGUCAAACAUAAUGCAUUGGACAGCCUUUUGAAGCUACUCAAGAAAGUUUUUCAGAUGGCUCCUUCUUUUGUGGUCGUUGAGUUCCUUGGUGAACGUUCAGUCGCUGCUGUCCCAACCAUAUGGACAGAAGAUCAUGGAAAGAAUAGCUUCUGCUAUUGGCCAAGGCCAAAUCCUACCCACUCCAGAAUCCGGAAAGCUGAGAUUCCUGACAAAGAAGUCUGGGAUAGGCUGCCAAUUCGGGUUUUCAGGAAAACAUUGACUGAAGACUUUGACAAGGCCCUUCAAUACGAAAAACAAGCUGAAAUGUUUUCGAGCCCAGAAGAAGUGUCAACCAAACGGAGCCACAUCACCCCUGAACGUUAUAGAAACGAUGAGGGAGAUGUGUUUGAUGCUGACGACGAAGAGGAAAUUCGGCCAAAAAAGAAGUGCAGAAAAGAGAAACCACAGAUCCUCGUCCAGGCACCCCCACUGCCAGAGCUCCCACAAUUUAACUUUCCAAUCUCCAGCGAGUACCAGACCACUUCAGCUAGUACCAGCCAAUACCAAAGCACUCCAAGGCAUCCAGGCCGACCUCACAGCCCAGCGAGAAGCAGCACUUCCAGGCUCAGUCCAGACAGGAAUAAUGCAUCCAGCUCAAGCAAGUACAAGACCACUCCAGCCAGUACGAGUCAGUACCAGACCGCUCCAAGAAGCAGUAGGAAUGCCCUUGACAGUGAACUUUUCCAGUUGAACAUGAAAGUUCAAAAUAUACUUGAGAACCAGGGAGAAAUUAUGCGCAUGCUGAGAGGGCUGGCAGCACAGUCUGUGGGGCCAGAAUCUGUGGAUGUUCAAGAUCUCAUUGAGAAACCUUUCGAGACUCUUGAGCAGCUGAAGGCCUUCUGUGAACGGCUCGACACUGAUAUUCUGCUCAGAAAGCAGCUGGUGAAAGCUCUUACUGCUCUUGGUGGGCAGAAUUUGGCAGACACGGUGAGGACAAUGCUGAGGAAAAUUGCCACAAACAAAGUCCUGGAGCAGCUUGGCCUCCGUGGAAAGUCAGGAAAAGUGGCGUUUGAGGACUUGCCCCUUUACAGAAUAAUAAAUAAGGCAUGCAGGGGUGUUUACAAGCAGACGACCACAGCUGAAGUGGAUUGUGAGCUUGGAGAGGUCCUAAAACUGGCCACUUUUCGAAAGGGAGGUUCAAAAUUUGAGGAGAAGAGGAGGAAUUAAGAGGGAGGACAAAAAAGGAAAAAUGAUAAAGGUUUGGGUUUCCCUGCUUGGGCUGCUGCCCCCGCGACCCGACCUCGGAUAAGCGGAAGAAGAUGGAUGGAUGGAUUUACUUCCAGGAAGAGAACCAAGAAGGGGCAGGAUACACUGACGCGCACGACCAAGACCACUGCAUUCCAUUCCAUUUGUAUUAUAGUUAUCACUAAUAAAGAAUUAAUU